CCUGCUUGCUCUCUUUAACUCUCUUUUUCCUUUUCUUAUUUAGUUGCUGAUUCUGUGCUGUAUGCAGAAUAGGAAAAGAUGUCUGUGCAAAUCACCUACGCAGAAGUAAAUGUGAAAAGAGAUGGAAAAGACUGCGAAGAAACAACUGGUUUCAAAUCUCUAGAGAGAAAGACAGCUUCAUCAAAAACAACAAAGUCCUCCUCCAGAUAUUCUAAUUUUGUGUGUGCGGUGAUGGUUUUCUUAUUUCUUCUAGUUAUCAGCUUGAUCAUAAUAGUUGUUUUGCAUAGGGUGCACAAAAACACACCUGAAGCAAGUCUACAUGGCAUCUGCAAUACUAGUAACACAACUGAUGAGUUAACCAGUGAUCACAGAAAUGAGCUUCAGUGUAACAAACUCUUGGAAAUGUAUUUCUACAUGGAGCAUCUGAAAAAUAGCUGUAUUAGCAAAGGAGGAAAUGCAGGCAUGGACUGCCUUUUAUGUCCUGUUGGGUGGCUGGAACAUUUGAAUAAAUGCUAUUAUAUUUCUAAAGAAAAUAAAACCUGGGAUGACAGCAAAAAUUUUUGCCACUUGUUUGAAGCCCACCUUGUUAUAAUUGAGAACAGUGGUGAACUGGAUUUUCUUCAAAGUAAAAUGAUACCUAAAGAAUACACUUACUGGAUUGGGCUGUGGAAACCAAAUACUUUUGAUGGCUGGACAUGGCUUGAUGGCACACCACUAGACAUUAAAAGAUCUCCAUUUAAAAUUGUUCUUGGCUUAAGCAACAGACAUGCCUGCAUAUCAAAGAAACACAUUACUACAGCAAUGCAGAAAAAUCGACGAAUGUGGAUCUGUGAGAGAGAAGCUGUGCCUGUGUAGCUACUUCUCAACAGAAACUACAAAAGUAAUUAAGGAUUAAGGCUGGAUUAUUAAGAAGCAGGUUGUGUCUUUCUAAUAUAACAGUUGCAGAUUAUUUCAGUUUAACAAUUUAAUUGAUUUGAUUUGUACUUUUUGUGUAAUUCUUUAUUGUGUAAGGCUAU